UGUGGAUGGAUGGGACUGACACACUGUGUGAGUGCGCGAAACAGACAAUGUUAUUAUGCCGAACGGCGCUCGGCUUCCCGUCCUGGACUUUGCAAAUGAACUAAACCAACUCUUCAUCCACUGCCAACCUGUUUUUAUUCUGCGUAAAUCUCAUCAUAUAAGGAGAGGAGCUGGAUUUAUCUGACUGACCCGGUGCCGCUCCGCGCGCAGACAAUAAAGUGGCAGCGAUCUGAUCACAACAAAAGACACAAGAUGACAGAGGGCCGUCAGUGUCAGGUUCACCUCCUCGAUGACAGGAAGCUGGAGCUGCUGGUUCAGCCCAAGCUGUUGUCCCGUGAGCUGUUAGAUUUGGUGGCUUCACAUUUUACCCUGAAGGAGAAGGAAUACUUUGGGUUGAGCUACAUAGAUGACACGGGCCAGAAUAACUGGCUCCAGCUGGAUCGUAAAGUCCUCGAUCAUGACUUCUCCAAGACUUCGGGCCCUUUGGAACUCAAAUUCCUCGUGAGAUUUUACAUUGAGAAGAUCACCUACUUGAAAGACAACGCAACAGUGGAGCUCUUCUUCCUGAACGCUAAAUCUUUAGUGUCUAAUGGGACCAUCGAAGUGGAGAGUGAAAAUGUUUUCAAGUUAGCCGCAUUCGCAUUGCAGGAGGCUAAAGGAGAAUACACAAGUGCUGAGGCUGCCAGAUCUCACCUGAAGCAGUUCCCAGUUCUGCCCACCAGAGUGUUACAGGAGCACCCAUCCCUCAAUUACUGUGAGGACAAAGUGAUUGAACAUUACAAGAAGCUGAAGGGACUGACCAGAGGACAAGCCAUUGUGCAGUAUCUGGCGCUGGUGGAGUCCCUGCCAACAUACGGAGUCCAUUACUACCAAGUGAAGGACAAGCAAGGAUUACCGUGGUGGCUGGGAGUCAGCUACAAAGGCAUCGGACAGUACGACCUGCAGGAUAAACUCAAGCCAAGAAAGUUGUAUCAGUGGAAGCAGUUAGAGAAUCUGUAUUUCCGCGAGAAGAAAUUUGCUGUGGAAGUGAACGACCCGCACAGAAGGACAGUGACCAAGCGAACGUUCGGACAGACCGGUCUGGUUAUUCACACAUGGUAUGCCAGCCACUCUCUGAUUAAAACCAUCUGGGUGAUGGCCAUCAGUCAGCACCAGUUCUACCUGGACAGAAAGCAGAGCAAAUCACAGAUGACCACAACCCGGAGUUCAGGAGACAUCGCCAUGGACCUCACGGAGAUCUGCGCCCCGCGGAUCAUCAAACUCUCCAGCUUAGAGAACCAGCUCAUUAUGGCCAGCAACGGGAGCCUCAUCUCAGCCGGUUCUGCUGACUCUGAAGUCACAGAUGAACAGAAGAAAGACAAGGUUGUGGAUUUGAAAAAUAAAGCGAAGAACCUCCAAGACACGCUGAAACAGAAACUUGAGGAACUGAAGAAGAUCUGCUUGAAAGAAGCAGAGUUAACAGGCAAAUUGCCCAAAGAGUAUCCCUUGGCAACAGGCGAGAAGGCUCCUCCCGUACGCCGCCGCGUCGGGACAGAGUUCAAGCUUGAUGACCUUUUCCCCUACGAUGAGGACCCACAUCUGAGGAAUCUGGAGAGCAGGUUCGCCCUGCAGCAGAAGAUCGUGGAAGCGGCCAUCAAGCUGUCCAACGAGGGCGAGCUCGGGAAGACGGUGAAGAAAAAGAGAAAAAGCAACUGCCUGGACGCCAUGAGGAAGCUGGAGGAGAUCGAGAAGGAGAUCAACGCCUACCGGGUCAGGAAGGGGAGGACACCCACCCAGAGGGCCUCACUGAUCAUAGCAGACGACGUGAACCCCUCAGACCUCAGCUCUCUAUCGGACAGCCUCACUCUGGAUGAUGAUGAUGAGCUCAGUUCCCAGAGGCAGCGUUCCAGAUCGGUUCAGUAUUCCCCGAGACCGCACCACGCAGACACGCUGGACAUCCACUACAACAACGACAGAAGGCUCUCGGACCAGCAGCCAGACAGCAGAUUAAAUUACGGCCAGGUCCAGGAAUCAGUCCAUUACGGCCACCGCGAUGCCUUAUCCAGCCACAGCAGCCUGUUCAAACCGGCUUCCAGGCAGCCGCGUGACGCCCGCAGCAUGCCCCCCACCCCCCUCCUCACCCGCAACGCCUACAGCAGCAGCCAGCUCAGAUCAGAGGACGUUCCACAACAUUUCCGCCAGCGCAGUGGCAGCCUGGAGUCCCAGUCUCAGCUGACGGAGGCCGAGCCCCCCGUGCCGACCUUCAGCUUCACCCCCGCCCGACGCAGCAACAGCACCGAGAUCCUCGACGACGGCUCCUCCUACACCAGCCAGUCCAGCGUGGAGUACAGCGUCCCCGGCAACCACACAAACAGGCGCAGAGCUCGCGGCCGCCACAGAAAAGACAUGUACGCCAACACAGGUAGCAUGCCCAACCUGGCUCAGCCCGACAAUCGCCAUGCCAACCAACCGCGAGCCAGACCCACCACCACGGCCUACUAUGUGACGGGCUACCCAGAACCAGAGCCUUACGCUAACGGAGUGUACAUGUACGACAACGAGAUGGAGGGACACUACACCGUCAAUCCUUCGUACCACCCGACACAGCCAACUUAUCACAGCCACGAAGUGCACGGUCACUACGGGCACGACGAGAUGGACGGCAUGUCGCAGAACCCGUACGCCACUUUGCGCCCGCCCAGGAUUCGCCAGGUCCCCCGCGGCAACGAGCAGCCCGUCAAGAACUUCCAGAAAGCCAUCGUGGCAGAACAUUUGAGAGGCUGGUACCAACGCAACGCACAACAACAACAGCCUGCGUACGGAAACUACGACUAUGACAGAGGCUCGCAGCACAGCCUGGGCUAUCAGACCAUGCCUUCCGCCCAGAGCCACAACCACAGGAACAUCGCCUACUCCUCAGUGUCCUCAGCGUCCUUGAGUGGAAACUGGCACGGUCACAUGAGUGUUGGUAGUGCGAUGUCAGAAUACGACAUGCCCGCGCACGCACCGCAGUCCUACUCCUACAGCACAGCGCCCUACAGCCACUCCGCCCACAGCAGAUAUGGCGCCUCCCAGCUUUUAAAAGGCUCCUGGCUCAGCCCCGAAGGCCAGAGGCGCUGUGCCCUUUUCCCUGCUAGCUCUUCCUCCUCCUCUCCGCCCUCUUCCUCCUAUCCCUCCUCUUCCUCCUCCUCCUACUCCCCCGGGUGUCGGGAGAGGCAGCUUUCCUCCAGCCCUUCACGACCAAACUCCUCCAGAGGGCACAGGCUCAGUAAGGUGUCCUUUGCUAAAGGUAGUUCAUAAUCCUACAUAGAUGUCAACCAAAUGGACCCGCAUGUCAGUGACCAAAUGCACACGAACCCAGAGCCGGACGAUAAGAUACACUGGCACGAAGAUUCAAAACCGGGAACAAUAGUGUAGUCGCCGUCUGUCAUCAUCGUUUGAAUUCAUACACCUUGACAAGCUGUCAUUGUGCCUUAGACUGCACUUACCUGUUUUUCUCUGUACGCGAGGAUCCAAAGAAUGAAGGAACUUAACUUUCGUGAGAGUAAAGGAAUCUGUUGCCAAACUGACCCACAACGCUGUGAUCGUACCGAACAAAAAAGCCCACGGGAGCGUCUUCGUGUCUGGAUUGGGAGUGCUUGUGGUGGUGGUGAUGCACUGAAACUGUACCUGCUGUGGACUGUGUGGUGGAGACAAAGGGAAAGUGAACUUUACAAAGCGAGGAUUACUGAGCCGCUGCGAACAACCCUCCGCUACACACAUGUAUGAACACUGUAACCAUGAAGGAUCGGACAAGGAGCGAUAAGGACAUUAUCAAAAAAAUGAAGGAUUGAACUCGUUAUGAAUGAGUCAAAAGGUGAUGGCUACUUCCUGGAACACUCUGCAGAGCCAGUUGUAUUGUAGCUUGUUACUAACACCCACCAUACUCUUUGUUUGUCAUUUCCAAAGUAUUCUCACUGUCAGUACUUGCAAUACAAAUGAGCCAAAUACUUGUCACCAUUCGGAGUAUUACCCACACUUAAAGAUCACUGCCACAUCUGAUCAGUCGCUGCAGGAAGACUUGUUUAUUUGAACAUGGUUAUUUUCAUCCAUGCUGGAAAUCAUGGACUGGUGCUCCUAAUUUCUCACAAGAAUGAAGCCGUAUGUAAAUGUUGGUUUUGUAAAUACACUGGUUCCGUCUUUUUUUAGAGCAUUUGUAUGUAUUUGAAAAGCAUGUAAUAUAUAGUGAAAACAAUGGUUGUUAAGCUGGUUCUUAGUCAUUUGUACAAUUGCAUUUGUUUGAAUAAAAAAAAUCAGCAUUUAGA